GCGUCGUUUUUCUGUGGGCGUGGAUCUGCCUAAAUAACGGUGCGGGCCACACUUCAGGGUUUUCAGACAGAGGUACUACAAGAAGGAAAAACAGCGUCAUGCCAGAAGGGUAAAAGCGGCGAGGUGGUCGUUUUCGCUUUCUCGGGUUGACUUAUUGAUCCGCAGUGAUCGGGCACAUCUUCAUCUGCAGUCUUUCCCUGUAGUCCAUGCGCGAAUAAAACUCGACUUUAAGUCACAGCAGAUGUUGAAUUUGAGUUGCAAAUCGCUGCGCGCGAUCGCUUUGUAAUCGUAUCUCGACUUUGGACAAAUUUGCUUACAAACCAACAGACCACAAUGUCGCACGUUGGUUCAGGGCCGAAAAAUGACUCGGACUCGGAAAAGAAGUGUGAACCAGCCCAGGACACUUCAUCAGGAGAAAUGGACGUCCCUAAAACUAAACUAUUUGAUGCCAAGGCAAUCUUAUGGACUUUUGGCAAAUGUCUCACUGCCUUGUUGCCCGUUUACCUGGCUGGUUACUAUCGGAUGAGCACUAGUUUAGUGGUGUUUGGGAUGAUGGUUUACGCAGGAUGGAAACACUCUCGUGAGGCGAAGGAGGCGAGACUGAAGUCCGCUAUAGAGUUAGUCAACGACGAACAAGAAUACAUAUCCUCCAAAUCAUUUAGAAGUAGAAGAGACCUGCCUUCUUGGGUCAAUUUUCCAGAUGUGGAGAAAGUUGAAUGGCUAAACAAGGUUAUCCAGCAGGCCUGGCCAUAUAUUGGUCAGUAUUUGGAGAAGCUGCUGAUGGAAACCAUUGCUCCAUCCAUCCGCGGCUCCAGCAGUCAUCUGCAGACGCUCAGCUUCACGAAGGUCGACUUUGGUGGCAAGUCGAUGAAGGUGGUUGGAGUGAAGGCCCAUACAGAAAAUGAGAAAGGUCAAAUUCUGCUUGACGUUUACAUCAGUUACGUGGGGGAUGUUGAGAUAAACGUGGAGGUGAAGAGGUAUUUCUGCAAGGCUGGUGUGAAGGGAAUACAGCUUCAUGGAAUGAUGCGUGUGAUUUUGGAGCCGCUGAUCGGUAAUGUCCCAAUCGUGGGCGCUGUGACCAUGUUCUUCAUUCAAAGACCUAAACUGACCAUUAACUGGACCGGUUUGACCAACCUGCUGGACAUUCCAGGACUCAAUGUGAUGUCAGAUACUAUGAUCAUGGACGCGAUUGCUUCAUUCCUGGUUCUGCCCAAUCGUCUCACUGUUCCUCUAGUGGCAGACCUACAUGUGGCACAGCUGCGGUGCCCUUUACCCAGGGGAGUUGUGCGCAUUCACCUGCUGGAGGCUGAUGGCCUGGCUUCGAAGGAUAACAGUGUGAUGGCGGGUAUGUCUGACCCGUAUGCCCUGCUCAGAGUCGGCCCGCAAACCUUCAAAUCCCGCCAUCUGGACAACACGCUCAGUCCCAAAUGGGAUGAAAUGUAUGAGGUCAUCGUUCAUGAGGUGCCUGGUCAGGAGCUAGAGGUGGAAGUGUUUGAUAAAGAUCCUGAUCAUGAUGAUUUCCUGGGCAGGUACCAUAUCACUGUCUAUCCGUCUCUCAUUUAUUCUUUAAAAGGGUGGUUCACAUUGAAGGACACCCCUACAGGACGGGUUCAUCUCAGACUGGAGUGGCUGACGCUAGAAACCGACACAGAGCGACUGGAAGAGGUUCUGAAGAGAAAUGAAAGUGUGGUGAGUCAAACAGCAAAGCCUCCCUCAGCAGCCAUCUUGGCAGUGUAUCUGGACAAGGCUGAGGCACUUCCUAUGAAGAAAGGCAAUAAGGAUCCCAAUCCGAUCGUUCAAAUCGCAGUGCAAGAUGUUACUCGUGACAGCCGGAUUUGCUGGAAUACGGUGAACCCCCAGUGGGAGGACGCUUUCACUUUCUUCAUCAGAGAUCCUAGCAAGCAGGACAUUAACGUACAGGUGAAGGAUAAUGACCGUGUUCAGGUUUUGGGAAGUCUGUCCGUUCCUGUUUCCCGUCUUCUCUCUUGUCAAGAUCUGAAUUUGAAUGAGUGGUUCAAACUGGAGAAUUCUGGUCCAGAGAGCCGCAUCCACAUCAACACAGUGCUCAGGGUGCUCUGGUUGGAUGAAGCCGCUGCAGCUGCCUCUCUCCUCUCCAGUGACCCUCUUUCAAAGAGUUCUGCCUCUCGUCCACAGAAGACGACGCCCCAUUCCAGCUUCGCCACUGAGGGGAUGCUGCGUAUCCACCUCGUGGAGGGUCAAAAUCUGGUCGCGAAGGACAAUCUGAUGGGUGGGAUGGUGAAGGGCAAGAGUGACCCGUAUGUCAAGAUCCAAGUCGGAGGUGAAACCUUUAAAAGUCAAGUGAUCAAGGAGAACCUCAACCCCGUCUGGAACGAGAUGUAUGAGGUGGUUUUGACGCAUCUUCCUGGUCAGGAGUUGACCUUGGAAGUUUUUGAUAGGGACAUGGACAUGAAAGAUGACUUUAUGGGCAGGCUGAAGAUGAAUCUGAGUGAUAUAAUUAGCUCCGAAUACAUUAACGAGUGGUUUACUCUGAGCGACGUUAAGCGUGGCCGUGUUCAUCUCGCUCUGGAAUGGCUGCCCACUGUAACACAACCAGAGAAACUACAGCAGGUGUUGCAGUACCAGUCAAAGAGCUCGUACCUGAAUAAGACAGUGCCGACUGCCGCUCUCCUGUUUGUGUAUGUGGAGCGCGCGCAUGAGCUUCCUUUGAAGAAGAGUGGAAAGGAGCCUAAAGUUGGUGCUGAGCUGAUUUUGAGAGGAACUUCUCAUAGAACCACGGUCUCUGACCGCACCAGCUCUCCCCAAUGGGACGAGGCAUUUCACUUCCUGGUUCGAGAUCCAUUGAAUGAAGACCUUGUUAUGAAGUUGUCCCACAAUUGGGACUUCUCUCUGGGAUCUGUGGUGAUUCCCAUCAAAGAGCUUCUCUCUGAAGCAGAUCUGAUGCUGGAUCAGUGGCUCGAUCUGGAUGGAGCGUCACCCCAGAGUCAGAUUCUUCUCAGAGCUCAGCUGAAGAUUCUUUGCCCUAAAGAGACGGAGAGCUCUGAAGACCAUGAGGAGCCGAAACAUCCUGAAGCGUCCAGCUUUAGAAGAAAACCAGAGGAGGAAUUAGUGCAGGAGUCUAGUAUUGAGGAGGUCCCACCAUCUCCUGUUAGCAGGACUUCCUCUGUGUCAGUCCCAGAAGAGGAGGAAGUCCCUGAGGUCACAGAGGUCCCAGAAGUUUCCAGUUCAGAUGACCUUCGACCCUUGCACACCAGCCCUGACCCCAGCUUUGGUGCCGAGGGCGCGCUCCGCCUCCACCUGCUGGAAGCUGAAGAUCUGGUAGCGAAGGACAAGAUGAUGGGAGGGAUGGUGAAGGGGAAGAGCGACCCGUAUGUCAAGAUCCAUAUCAAAGACAAAAUCUUUAAGAGUCAUGAUCUCAGCAAAGUUCCUGAUUCCACUCCCAGUGAGGGUGGAUACAUGGAACCAGUCAAAACAUUUGGAUCAGCCCAUGAAGAGCAAAAACCAGAAGAGCAGUCUCACAAGAAGGUUUCCCCCAGUGCUCCUGCAGAGGAGUCAAAAGUCAGUAGUUCUGCAGACGUUCGACCCCAAAAGACCUGCCAUGACCCCAGCUUUGGCACCAAGCUUUCAAGUGCCUUUGAGCAGCCCUUAGGCUCAGUGGUUCUACCAAUCAGAGAGCUGCUUUCAAAACCAGAUCUACUGAUGGACCAGUGGUUGAGUUUGGAUGGAGCAGGUCCUGACACUCAGAUUCUGCUGAGGGCACAACUUAAGAUUUUGGACUCAAGUUUGGAUACAAGUGUCCUUCAUCGUAAAAAGCCUGUUGUUGAAGAAGAGCAUUCAGUGGGUGAAGAGCAGGAAGAAAAAGCUCCAGUCACUGUUGAACACUCACAAGCUGCAGUCAGUAAAGAGUCUGAGAAGAAAACGCUGCCAACAAAAGGGGUCAGUGAACUGGCAGCCUCUACUUUAGCACUUCCUGCUGUAUCACUGCCUGAAGAACAUCAGAAACAAACAGACGCCCAUGAUAUAGAUGACCAUCACACGCCAUCUGUACCCAAAACACAGCCUGCCACUGAGGAUCUCAGCAAAGUUCCUGAUUCCACUCCCAGUGAGGGUGGAUACAUGGAACCAGUCAAAACAUUUGGAUCAGCCCAUGAAGAGCAAAAACCAGAAGAGCAGUCUCACAAGAAGGUUUCCCCCAGUGCUCCUGCAGAGGAGUCAAAAGUCAGUAGUUCUGCAGACGUUCGACCCCAAAAGACCUGCCAUGACCCCAGCUUUGGCACCAAGGGGGUGCUGCGUAUCCACCUGCUGGAAGCUCAGGAUCUGGUAGCGAAGGACAACAUGAUGGGAGGGAUGGUGAAGGGGAAGAGCGACCCCUAUGUCAAGAUCCAUAUCGGAGACACAACCUUUAAGAGUCAUGUGAUCAAGGAGAACCUCAACCCCACCUGGAACGAGAUGUAUGAGAUGAUUCUGAGUCCUGAUCAUAAUCUAGAUGUGAAGUUUGAGGUCUAUGAUAAAGAUUUUGAAUCUGAUGAUUUCCUUGGAAGGUUCAAGCUCAAACUUGGACAUAUCAUCAGUUCCCAGUACAAUGAUGAAUGGUUUACUCUGAAUGAUAUAAAACACGGUCGAGUCCAUUUGGUCCUGGAAUGGCUUCCCACCUCAACACAGCGGGAUAGAUUGGAUCAAGUAAUGCAGAUGCAAAGCUCUCAGACCUACCAGAACAAGUCUGUGCCGUCAGCAGCGUUGUUGUUUAUUUACUUCGAAAGAGCUCAUGAUCUGCCUUUGAAGAAAAGUGGAAAGGAACCCAAAGCUGCUGCUGAACUUGUACUUGGAGGAACAUCCUAUAAAACCAAGGUGUGUGAUCGCUCAUCUUCUCCUUACUGGAAUGAAGCAUUUGACUUUCUGGUUUAUGACCCCAAAAAAGACAUACUUGUCAUUAAGCUCUCAAGUGCCUGGGACCAACCCAUGGGCUCUUUGGUUCUUCCAAUCAGAGAUCUGCUUUCAAAACCAGAUCUACUGAUGGACCAAUGGCUCGAUCUGGAUGGAGCUUCACCAAAGAGCCAGAUGUUACUCAGGGCACAGCUGAAGAUCUUGGAUUCAAAAAUGGCUGCCUUAGUGGCCAUGGGUUCAGGUCCUGUGUUGAGUAAUAAGCAGGCGGCCACCACUGGUCAGAUCAAAAUCUCCCUUUCCUUCCAGAAGAAGCUGACAGUGAUCAUCCAUGCGUGCAGGGGUCUGGUUACAUCAUCUAAGGACAGCUUAGACACCUACGUCUCCCUCAUUCUGCUGCCGGAUAAAAGCAAGGCCACGAAAAGAAAGACGACUGUGAAGAAGAAAAAUCUGAACCCUGAGUUCAAUGAAAGGUUUGAGUUUGAUAUGAGUGUGGAGGACGCUCAGAGACGAGAGCUCAGCGUUUGUGUGAAAAACGCAUCCUCGUCCUUCAUGAAUCGAGACAAAGACGUGAUCGGCCAGGUGCAGAUAGACCUGGGACAUGCUGACUUAGUCUCUGGAGUCACAGAAUGGUUUGAUCUGAAAGAAGAGCAGAACUAGCUCUAACUAGAACACAGUGUUCUUGACCUGAACACUUCACAGCCAACCUUAAACCUCUUCCUGAAGUUCAUCAGGUUAACUCUGCUGUCAUGUAUUGCUGCCAGUGCUUCCCUUCCACCUUUUUUUAUAACUUCACAAAAACACAUAUAUUUCUUUCCUCCGUCUAUUUAUCAACAGAUGAUUUUUGAGUGACCGGAUUAUAUGAUGUGAUUGAUCUUAGUGAUUUGAACAUAUUACUGCAUUGACAAAUCAAGUAUUUAAUCAAGUAUUACAUCAGAACUGAUAUAUAAAUUGGUGAUAUCUGUAUAAAUCAGUAUCAGACGACUGAAUGCUAACCGUAUGUAUUUACAGAGAUGUUGAGCAGGUGUCUGGAAAGAGUCUCGUCUUCCUGUGCAGGUUGCAGGACGCUGCAUUUGUGUUUAAGUUCAGAAGGAAAAGGAUGUUUUAAAAUGGGUUUCAUGUUUUGUUUUGUUUUUAAACCAAAGAAAUAUUUCUUUUUCUUUAUUGAAAAUGACAGGAUACAAUACUAGGUCUAAAUGUACACAUUUAUGAAGGAUUAUAAUUGACAGAAAUUUGUGCACCAAAAAUAUAAAGUGGUGUUAUUUAGUCUACACAUCACCACCUAAAAACUAUUUCAGAUAUUUAAUGUGCUGUCACCACAAUCUUUGUGUUGCAUUUGGAUAAUUAGCUGCUGUUUACACAUUGAUGUGGCUUAUGCAGCUUCUGUAGUCCAUUGUGAUGCCAAAUAUCGAGAAACUCAAUUUUUGGGCCAGAAAUAUGACUUUAAAGCUUGCAUGUUACAUUGUGUUUGAUUUUAGGCCUUAAAAAAAGGGGGGAGUUAUUUUGUGGUCAUUUUUAUUUGCAGUCAUUUAUGACAGUCUAUACAUAGGGUUCCCAUACUUGUGAAAACCUUGAAACAACAGGGAAUUUAAAUAGAUUUCCAGACCUGCAAAAAUCAUGGAACAUCAUAAAAUGUUAAAAGUCCCAGACAUUUCUAAAGUGAGUGUAAAUUUCUGGUUAUGCUUGGACAUUGAGUUUCAGUCAUAUGCGUUGAAUCAAAUGCAUUGAGCUGCAUUCAGAUCUCGGGCUCUAUUUUUUUUCUGUUUGGAGACUUUUGAACUCCAUGUAUGGUUGUUUAAAUCACUUCGUUCCAAGGAUUGGUACCCGAGUUACAAAUGAAACUCCAGUAAUGUCUAAAAUGAUUUGAAUGAUACUUAAUCACUAAUAGUUGGCUAUCUUGAUAAAAGUCAUGGAAAUUCAUUAGUUAAAAGGGUGGGAACCCUGUACAAGAGCUAGACCAAAAGUAAAUGCUUUUGCUGAGCUUUGUUCACGUUGUCAUGAUUUUUCAUGUUUAUAAUAUACUUAAUCUAUAACUACCAUUCAAAAGUUUGGGG